UUGCUCCUCGUGCUGGCUGUGAUCAGCAGCGACCUUUGGGUCAGGGUGAGCUGCAGCCACCAAAAUGAGGUGUCCAGAGGGCAGAGCACUGCCCAGCUUGGCUCAGAUUUCCUCAGGCUAUGGCAGUGCUGUUGAAGAGGGGUUUGUCUCCCUAGGGUGCAGCAUUGCCAUUGCCUCUGGUGCAGAGCUGAUUUAUCAGGAGCGAGAGGGAACCUGUGUUCACCAGGCGUGUGCCUGUCCAUUGCCAAGUCUACCUGCCAUGUGGGUCACUUGCAGUCAUGGCUGGGCUACAUUCGAGCUCAGAAGGGCUGACCUGGGACCCCAGUGCAGCCCAGGCUUCCUCCACAUGGUGGGAGUGGUGCUGAGGGGUGUCUUCUCUCUCUGCUUCCAGACAGGGGUGAUGCCAUGGCCGCUGUGAGCUCCAGCAGGGCCAGGGCCAGGCCACCCUACGAGAAGUCCCAGCUCUCCGUGAAACUGGUGUCCGUGAAGCCCAAGGCGCGCAGCCGCCCAUCGCAGAUGAGCUGCUAUGUGGAGGUGGCAGGUGACGGGCUGCCCAGUGAAACUAAGACGACUGGGAAGCAGAUUGGGAGCUCUGAGGUGCUGUGGAAUGAGAUCCUCAUCCUGAAUGUCACAGCUCAGAGCCACUUGGACCUGAAGGUGUGGAGCUGCCAUACCCUGAGGAACGAGCUCCUGGGCACUGCCUCUGUCAACCUCAGCAACCUGCUGAAGAGCGGUGGGAAAUUAGAAGGUAGGGAACUGACUCUGGACCUGCAGAUGGAGAACAAAGGCAGCGUUGUCUCUGGCAGAGAGCUGAUGAUUUUCCUGGACGGGCCUGCUGUUGAUCUUGGAAGCCCGCCUAAUGGCAGUGCUGUGACAGAGGGUGAAUGCCGCCCGUCUCCAUAUGCAUGUGGCAGCUCUGCACACGAGGUGGUGAGCAGCAGCAGGGAGAGGAGUGGGGCUGAGAGCACCCCCGGCACCCCUGAGCAAGAGUCCCAGUGCCAGCAGCCACCUCCUCUCCCAGGGUCCCAGCUGUCUGGACGGGACCCCAGCAGCAUGGCUGCAGCCAUGGAGGGCAGACACCAGCCUCCCAGUACAAACUGCUUUGGAAGCAGACCAAGGUGUUAA